CCAGUAGCACCACAGGCGGCUGCUGCACAAAGACAGACAGCGAGAGGGACAGCUAGAUGAAUAAAAAUUAAAAGAGAAGAAAAACUGCUCAAGCUAUCAUUUGGCUCUCCUAAAAUAUUUUAAUAAUUAUUUUCUUUUCUAUUGUUAUAUUUAUAUUUUUAUUGAAGAGGGCCCUUUCUGUGGAAAAAAAAAGAGAAAAUGACGAGUCUGCUGUGCAUCACAAUACUCUCCCUGACCCUGGCUGGCAGUGCAUACAGUCAGUUGACUCUCCCACAACUAACAGUUACAGUUUAUGCUGACGUGGGUACCAACGUCACCCUGCCCUGCCGACUCCAGUCCAGGGACACCAUGUCAUUUGGUAGAAUGCGAGUCAAAUGGACCAAGGUGGCAGAUGAUGAAGCUCUGAAUGAGGAUGUGCUGCUUUCAAUGGGAUUGCACAAGAAGAUCUAUGGAAACUCAGAGGGCCGUGUCUUUUUGCAGGAACUCGACAGUGAAGAUGCCUCCUUAGUAAUAACUCAGGUCUCCAUGGAUGAUAGCGGAAAAUACCGCUGUGAGAUCAUCAAAGGGGUAGAAGACAGCACACAAGAGAUUAUCUUGGAAGUGCAAGGUGGCCUUACUGACGGUGUUGUGUUCCCAUACCACCCCCACCUGGGCCGCUACAACCUGAACUUCCACGAUGCUGUGCAGGCCUGUAUUGGCCAGAAUGCUGCGGUCGCCUCCUUUGAUCAGUUGCUUGAGGCCUGGAAGGGUGGCCUGGACUGGUGUAAUGCUGGCUGGCUGAAUGAUGGCACAGUGCAAUACCCCAUCACCAAACCCAGAGCGCCUUGCGGUGGCUCCAACAACGGGCCUGGCGUCAGAAACUAUGGUCACCGUGACAAAAAGAGCCGCUAUGAUGUUUUCUGCUAUACUUCUUCUUUAGAGGGACAAUUCUAUUGGCUGGUCCAACCCGACAGGCUGACCUUUGACGAGGCUGUGGAGGCUUGCAUAGACGAUGGUGCAGAGAUCGCCAAGGUGGGCCACAUGUACGCUGCUUGGAAGCUUGAGGGUUACGAUCGCUGCGAUGCUGGCUGGUUGGCUGAUGGAAGUGUCCGUUACCCCAUCUCCAGGCCCCGCAAGAACUGCAGCCCCACAGAAGCUGCGGUGCGCUUUCUUGGAUUCCCAGACAAAGGUCAAAAGUCUUAUGGUGUCUAUUGUUACAAGGCUGCGAAGUGAGUGGGCAAAAUAAGAGUGGGUCAUAACCACCAAAGAGCAGCCAACAACCACAUCUAAUAAAAUCAACAGUAAGUCAGAAAGAAUUUGGAUCAUAACCAGCAUGAACUCAGUACCUUUCUGAAACUGUGAUAACACUUUUUAACUCCUAAAAACAAAUACAGUCUAUCUUACAUCCAUAUGCAAUGAAUGACAAAAUAUUUUGUAGCCAUUACGUUUUGUUUUUCUCUCACUGUACAUUCAUUCAUUUUACACAGCUUGUUGGGGAAAAGGGAACAUUGUUAAAUGUAUGAGUAAUGCAUCAGAGACAAGAACUUGAUGAAUGUGAAGCAUCAUCUUGUUGGCAAGCUUGGUUUGUCCUCGAAUGAUUAGAUGUGUGAAGGUAAAGAUUUAGAGCAUUGAUGCUCAUGUGCAGAUGAUAUUUGCUGCUUUAAAAUACAUAACAAGUAAAUGUGAUAUUUUAUACAUUUAUUAAGAGUCAAAUCAAUAAAAGUCCUUGAGCUAUUUUUUCACCUCUUAAACUCUAGAAAAGUUUUUCAACCAGAGAAAGUCAAAUAUACUGUUUAACAAAAAAACAAUAAAAUGAAUGUAAAUGUCUUGAUGGACUGUGACAACUAUUCUGCAUUGAUAGCUCCAAUUAGAACUUCCACUUCCACUUCCAAUUACAAUUUGAAAGACAUUUGACUAUUGUAACCUCAUACAGUAUUUUUUUUUAGGUUAACAAAAUGGGUUUUUUCAAACUUUUAAAUGCUGUUUGUCACUAUUUUUUACGUGUCAAUAAUGCUCUUUUUAAUGAAAAAAGUAUAGUUUCUGUCACUUGUAGAUUUUUUUUUGUGUGCAGUUUUCAGACAACUUGGAUCAGGCACAUACAAAACAGCAAGAUUUCAGCCGAAUAGUAAAUGCAAAGAACUACAGAUCUUCCCUGUUGGCCAAAUCAACCCUGACUGUCUAACAGUUUUAGCAUUUCACCAAAAUAGACAAGAAAUUUAAUAUUACAGUAGUUAGAAGUACAACUAACAAAUGUAUGGGCUGCUGACUUCUGAGUUUCGCUAAUUCAUACUGAGGUCAUGAGUGGUGUAUGGGACAUUUCCAUUAAUACUCUUACCUGGGGUAAUACUGAUGAUCAGCUACACUAAACAAGGAUUUGUUCAUAGUCAUGCUGUAGUGAUUGGAUCUGAAUAUCUAAAGAAUCAAAACCAACAAAAAAUCUUAAUAUUUUCCUGCAACAGUGGGCAUUUGGACAUACAGAGCUGGUAAUCUAAAUGUGCGCCACAACCAGAGAUAGCCCCCUUUUUAGGAUUCAAUUACAAAAUUAAUUUGAUAUUUUGUGUUUUGCUUUUUGUUACAUUAUCCCUUCCUACUUGUUCUAACCCUGGACACUGACAUAUGGUACUUACUACAAGUUAUAUGUGGUAAUAUGGCAUUGUUUGUUCAAGCAAAACUUAAAAAUGUCUGUCCUGCAUGUGCAUUUGUACACACUGACACAGGUAUUUUUGUAUCUUAUUGCCAUGUACCUUUUUCAACAAAGCAGUUUGAAAUAAAGAAUACAAGUUUUAAAUACA